AUGCAUUACGGAUCCAAAGCGUUUAGUAAAUCUGCCGAACUUGAAACAAUAACAGCCAUAGGUACCCGAGGUAAAAUUGAACUUGGAAACACCCAGAUGAGUGUUCUCGAUAUCAUUGAGCUGGAUGCUUUGUAUCGUUGUAAAUGUGAGUAAACGUCGUUUGUAUUUGAAUUAUCUUCCUUUAUUUAGUGUCCAGUCUUCUUGUGUAUUGCCUCUAUGGCUCAUCAGGGUUUCCAAAAGCGGCCGGCUAUCAAAUUUUGGUCACAUGCAAGGGGGGGGGGGGGUAGCCAUAUUGUGAGAAAGGGGGAUCACACAACAUUUUGUAAAAAAUUUAAAAAAUGGUUCCACCUGCUGCAAACUUUCUGAAAGUUGUCGAAACCAUUUCUUUCAUCGGGACAAUUUUACUUAGGAGUGAUAAAAACAUGUUUUGAAAAAUUUUUAAAUUUUGGUCAAAUUUUUAAAAAAAUUUAAAAAGGGGGGAUACUAUGUUGUAAAAUGAUAUAUUGAGCUUAUUUCUGUGUUGGUGUUGUGUACUCAGGUGAAUAUGAUAUUUGUGAUGUUACUCUGAGUGUAUAUCCACACCGGGCGAGCUUGAAAAUUAUGCCCGGCCACGGUGGGAAUCGAACCUGAUCGGCCACGGUGGGAAUUGAACCUGGGAAUUGAACCUGGGAAUUGACACAACAAACUUUUUGAAAAAUUUUUGCUCCCAAUUAUUCAAAAUUUACCUUCAAUGUCGUUUGUCGUUGAUAUGGUUUGAUUAGGCGACAGAAUUGUGUCGGUGCACUGCGAGAUGUUCAAACAUGAAAAUUUUUGCAAUUUUUGUGUAGCCAACAAAGUGAACGAAUGGACACCGUGGAGUUCUUACAGCCCUUGUGAUGACCGCUGUUAUAAAAACAGACAAAGAUUUUGCUAUGGCAAGACUCCCACAUCUUGCGGAGGGAAUCCCAACCCUUAUGGAGUCGACAGUCAAUAUGUGAAAUGUUCCAGCGAUGAGUGCCCGCGUAAGUGGAACUAGUAUGAUAAGUUCUUAUGUAUCUAAGGGAGCGGGCAUUAUUGAUGGCGGCGGCUGGGAGGGAGGGGGGCGCGCACCGAAUAGAAAUGUUUUUCUUGCUAGAAAUAUUGCUGAUCCGACCAUUAAAAAGUCAAACAAAAAUUUUUACCUAACCUCAAAUAUCAGUUGACAAAUAAAUACCCAUCUCCAGACCAAAAACGUUACAAAGUGGUACCAUUCAGCUGUCACACAUUUCCUUUACCACUUCUGUGACAUGAGUUUGAUACCUGCUUGUGCAAUUUUCUGCAGUCUAAAGUUUUAUGUGGUCUGCAUAUGUAUUUUCUUCAGAGACACCAUUUGCCUCCUGACAAAUGGUAAACUGAUCAAGAUAGUGACUCUGAUUGAUUUACAUGCUAUGUUGAUAUAUGACUGUUGACAUUGCUUUUUAGUCUUUAAUAUUUGAGUGACUCGUGCUUCGGAAAUGACAAUAAAUUUUUAUUACCCAACCCUUGAGUCGUUUUGUUUUUCAUUUAAUUUUUAUUACCCAAACCCUUGAGUUGUUUUGUUUUUCAUUUACCCAACCUUUUACUCACUCAAAUGUUUUGUUUACCCAACCCUUUUCUCUUCGGUGCCACCUCUCGCCAUAAAUAAUGACCGCUCCCUAAUCGGAUAAGCACGCGCAGAAAAAUUUUAUUAUAAAAUAAAUCACGAGGAAUUGUGACGUUGGCUGUAAUUUUCAUACGCCAAAAUGACAGCCGUACACAACUAAUCGUAUUUUUUGGACAGGCCUUUAAUAAGUUUCUAACUGUUGAAGAGAUUUGUUGAUGGAAAUGUUUCAAGUGGAAUUUUUAUACAUUUAUUCGACCUAACCAGAACAGUUGCAAAAAAUGCGAUUAUAGGCUUUCUUGUAGCUUUAAAUUUUCAUCAUUUUGUUACAUAAAAAUUUGGAAAACUGUAACAAAAGUCUAUAUUUUAAUACGUAUCGUAGAUUUUGUAAUUUAAUGUUCUAUUCAGGCUUUUAGCCAGGGUUCUAAAAGAGGGCGUCCAAUUUUGACAUAACGAUACAUCUAUAGUGAAGAGGGGUAUGGGGGUUCGAGAAAACGUUCCUUUGGAAAAUUGUUACUUCUUGUUAGUAUCUUUCCAACCUCGUUUGAAAUUUUUUGAACACACUUGGCUUUGUGAGUUUGUGCCACUAUUGCCUCUUUACUUAACUACGACAUUUUCGUUCCGCCAGGUACGCCAUCAAAUUGAUCAAAAUGUCAAAUGUAUAAUAAUAAUGAGAAUUGAAGCUAUUUCGUUUCGGAUAUAUUAAUAUACUUAGGGAAUCAUUGAAAAUAAUUUCCCUUUUCCCCCAGAAUUUGGGCGUCCAAAGGCGUCCACUUUUUGUUCUAGGGGCGUCCCAGGACGCCUGGACGCCCUUCUGGCUAUAAGCCUGGUUCAAUUUUUACUUUGUCUUCUUUACGUUUAGUCAAAAUCGACGGAAAUUGGGGUGAAUGGACUCCCUGGAGCGCUUGUUCACACAGCUGUAACGAAGGCAAGAGAUUACGUACAAGAAAGUGCGACAAUCCUGAACCAAAAAAUAAAGGAAAGCCUUGUAAAGGUUCAUCAGAACAUAAAAUUCUUUGUGUUCAACCUAGAUGUAAUCUCGGUAAGUGGUGAAACGCGUAUUGUUAGAUGAAAAUUGUUAUUGUUCGUCUUGUGCUAUCGUGUUGUGUUGUGUUCUAUUGUCUGUUCUAAUCUGUUCUCUGUUUUAAUCUGUUCUCUGUUUUAAUCUGUUCUCUGUUCUACUUUGUUCUCUGUCUGUUCUCUGUGCUAAUCUGUUCUCUGUUUUAAUCUGUUCUCUGUUCUAAUUUGUUCUCUGUUCUAAUCUGUUUUGUUCUAUUUGUUCUCUGUCUGUUCUCUGUUUUAAUCUGUUCUGUUCUAAUCUGUUCUCUGUUCUAAUCUGUUCUCUGUUCUAAUCUGUUCUCUGUUCUAAUCUGUUUUCUGUUCUAAUCUGUUCUCUGUUCUAAUCUGCUCUCUGUCCUAAUCUGUUCUCUAGCUGUUCUAAUCUGUUCUCUGUUCUAAUCUUUUCUGUUCUGUUCUGUUCUGUUUUAAUCCCAAUCUGUUCUGUUCUGUUCUGUUCUAAUCCCAAUUUGCUCUAAUCUCAAUCUGUUCUAAUCCCAAUCUGUUCUAAUCCCAGUCUGUUCUUUUCUGUUGUAGUCCCAUUCUAUUGUAUUCUAAUUCUAUUGUAUUCUAAUUUUAUUCCAUAUUAUUCUAUUCUAUUUUAUUAACUACUAUCGCAUUGUUCUAUUCAAUUCUAUAUAUUAUAUCUUAUUGAAUUAUUUCACAAUACAUAGUCGUUUUAACUGAAAAUUUGAACCGUUUCUCUGUAGAUUUCGAUGACACAGACUUCCGUGAUGGAAGAUUUGGAAUGUGGGAGAAUGAUAUCUAUGACACACCUGGCUUGAAUUGGAUUAUUGGUAAGGGUAAUACACCCACAGAAGGGACUGGUCCUCAUGGAGACCACACUACAAAGAAAGGUGAUGAAAUGAACUAAACUAUAGUACACACUUAAUGUAUGCUCUCGAGGGAAAUUAAUGUUGAGGAAAACAAAACUAACUAUUCGGGUAGGCUCGCAGUAGCUCGGAAGAGUGAUUUUCAUUGGCUCGAUUUGACAAUUGCUUUUGUGUUUACAACAAUGAAUUGCUUCGUUCUUUAGAAAACCCCCAUCCAAUUGGAGACGACCUUCCGAGGUACUGCGAGGCUUCCCAACUAUUCAUUUCUGUGUGUGUUUGUGUUAUAUACUCAGAGGAAUAUGAUGUUUGUGGUGUUAAUCUGAGUGUUUAUCCACACCGGGCAAGCUGAAAAGUUUGCUUGACCACGGUGGGAAUCGAACCCGCGACCUUUGAGUUACUAGUCCAAUGCUCUAACAACUGAGCUACGAGGUCAAGUCUGUGUGGAUGCACACUCAGUUGAUAUCGAGAAAGGGCCCUGCUGUCUGUCUUACCUCUAACCAAAAUUAACUUGCCUAUUUCUUAUGUGUAGAUUUUUACCUCUACGUGGAGUCCACUGGCCGACGAGAAAACGACGUUGCUCGUCUUAUGAGUAAAACCUUGCCUCAAACUAGUCCAAACACAAAAUGUUUCAAAUUCUUCUAUUAUAUGUUUGGUCGCUCGAUCGGAUCCCUCACAGUGCGUUUGAUCCCCGAAGGUGAACAACAGCAGGUCUUGUUUACCAAGCGAGGUUCUCAAAGUGGCAAAUGGAAAUCGGCAGAGUUGACGUUAAACACGGCGAAGCCUUAUCAGGUAUAUUUAACAAUUACUGAAUGAGAUUGAGCACGAUAUGAAGAAUUAUCAAGCCCGAAGUUUGCCGUUAUCAACCGAGGCCGAAGGCUGAGGUUGAUAACUGCAAACUGAGGGCUUGAUAAUUCUUCAUAUUGUGCGAAAACCGAAUUCAAUAAUUGUUUUAUUAUUUAUUUAAAAAAUUCAAAACAAACAUUUGUAUUUUAUUUGUAUUAAGAAAAAAACAAUUCCUUAGUUCUUCGGCAGCCGUCGUCGCGUCAUAUCAAUGGCGUCAGCGAGUCAAUGUGAUUCUCGUCGUCAUAGUAAUCAGUAUGGCGCAAACGCGUCCAAAUUUUUUUCAUAUUGACUCUUUGACGUCAUUUUGCUAAUAUGAAUGUGAAAAAUCCGUAUUUGGUUAGCCAUUCAGGUGAUAUGACAAUUUCACAGUUGACUGUUAGCCAAUCAGAAACCGGGAAUUUUUUAAAUAAAUAAUAAUAAUUAUUAUCGGUGGGUGUCGUGCAAACGGAGGACACAUACCUAACUAAUGGUCCAGUAUUUUCAAUAGUAAUUAUAUUUAGAAAUGCUGGAAAUGUGAGACGUUCUCUGGUUUGAAAUAUUUAUUUAUCACCAGCUUUUGGCUCCCAGACUGCAGCCUUCAGUCUGGUAGACUUUAGCCUUCAGCUUGCAGCCUUUGGUAGACUUUAUAACUAUGCCCGCGGUUAAAGGCUGCAGCCGAAAGCUCGUGGUAAAUAAAUAUUUCCAACCAGAGAACGUCUCAAAAAUCAUUAAGUAAUUAUAUUAUUGAUUAUCGCUAUCGACAGUGUUUUGAUCUACAGCGUUCCGAUCUGAGUUAAAAAUGGUUUCAAAUUGAUAAAAAUGGUCCCUGAAUUGAAAUUUUCAAGCUGAAAUUGUCUAUACCGAAAAUUCAGGUUGUUUAGACCAUUAGGACAGGAAACAUGUGUAAAACUAGUUUAGAACUCAUGUAUAUCCACAUUUGAUAGAGAAGAAUAUUUAGAGUAUAAUGUAUAUAGUUUCACCUAUGACUUUCAUGGCGUGUUUAUUGUAUAUACCUGUUUUCGAUGUAUUAUUUAAAGCACGAGUAUGAAUGUUUCAGAACCAUCCUCAGAGAUACGAAAACCUUUCCUCAUGAACUAUUAAUGAGUUUUUAAAUAGUACAUAAACAUGAUUUACCAUACUCUUAAACAAAUAUUUCGAGAGUCUUUGUUUUAAAAGCAGCGACUUGGAUUAUAUUUUCUGAUUUUGCUAUCUCAAUCAUCGCGUUUUUAAGCCAUAUUUUGUGGUCAUAUACCGUAGAAUAGAUACCAUGCAAAUAGUGAAUUAUAUAAAAUAUUUUUACAUGUUGUAGCUGGUUUUCGAAGCCACGCUUGGCAAACCACCUUACUCUGAUAUCGCCAUUGACGACGUCUUUAUAGAUGAUGGGAACUGUGGUAAGAAUCAUAAGCAAUCAUUAUAUCAUACUUUCCUAUCUGUCAUUUGAGACACGCAACAUGAAUAUACAGUCAAGUAUAAUUUGUUGUUCCAUACGUAAUAUGUAAUCAUGGUAUGACGAUCGAAUUUUUCAUUUUUUUACUCACUUUUGAGGAACAUUUGAAAAAGGCAAAUUAAACACUUUUUACACCUCGCGUUUCCCGUGAAUAACUGCUGACUAUAAAGCAGAAAUUGUUAGGGACAGACCAUUAGAAAAGUGAAAAAAAAAUUAUUCCCAGAAAAAAAUUAGGAAAAAAUAUCUUCCCAGGCAGAGUGCAAAAAAAAAUCCCUAGCUUGGAAGAUAAGAUAUGCCUGUAAAUUUCACUUAAAAAAAUAUUUCCAGCCAUCAAGUGAGAAAAAAAAAUUACUUCUAUAGGUGUACAAAAAUAUAUAUUGCCUCUUAGAAAAUCCCCCCCCCCCCCAUCACUUUUCUAAUGGUCCGUCCCUUAGAAAGAGUUAUUGUUGAAACGAUUCAGCCCCUACAAAUGACGUCACAACACAUUACGUCACAACACAUUUUAAUCCUGAAAUUUCAGUGGAUAUAUAUGAUCUAGUUUGUUAUUUUUUUCAGACUGCAAAGAUAAAUAUGUGGUGUGUAAAUACUGGAUGAAGGGUGGAUACUGUAAAAAGGCGUUUCUUUACAUGUAUUUGUUCUGCCCAAAAUCUUGCAAUUUCUGUGGUAAGCAUCAAGCAGUAGUAUUGCGUCAUUCUGGAUUAAACUACUAAGUUAACUUGAAUGACUUAGAUUCUUAUACUUCACUUGGUGGAAUUAAUAUUAGGAUGUUAGGGUUUGUAAUCCAAGUGAGAAUAUAUACAUUUUAAGACCUAACCAGGAACGACUGCGAAAGGUCUUAAAAUGGUUAGGUCUUAAAAUGUAUAUAUUCUCACUUGGAUUACAAACCCUAACAUCCUAAUAUUAAUUCCACCAAGUGAAGUGCAAGAAUCUAAGUCAUUCAAGUCCACCUUAUCACAACCCGCACACCCGAUUACCUAUAUAUACAUGAACUUACGGUUACAGCUCAACAGCUGGCCUCUGUAGCUCAGUUGGUUAGAGCGCUGCACCGGAAUCCAGGGCCGUAGGUUCAAUUCCUACCAGAGGACCUUGUGCUGCAUUUUUCGCAGUCGUUCCUGGUUAGGUCUUAAAAUGUAUAUAUUCUCACUUGGAUUACAAACCCUAACAUCCUUAUACUAAGUUAAGCCUCUUUUCAAUUCAUCGCAAGGGGUCUACCAUUUUUGGCUACUAUCUGACUUUAUUUACACUGGAUAGCUUUAUCAGUUCUAAACAGUUUUCCCUAGAGGUCCACUAAGGGUAAUCGCUUAUUGAUCCUGUGUUACUGCAGAAAUAAACCCAAACUAAACUUACAAUCUUUAUUUCUACUGGAUAGUUCUGUCAGUUCUAAACAGUUCUUUCUAGAAAUCCAGUAAAGGGUCAUCUCUUGAUGAUCCAGUGUUACUGCAGAAAGAAACCUAGACUAAACUAACUUUGUUUUUACUGGAUAGCUCUAUCAGUCCUAAACUGUUCUCCCUAUAAAAGGUCCAGUAAGGGUCAUACCUUAUUGAUCCAGUGUUACUGCAGGAGGAAACCUAAACUAAACCACCUGUAUUUAUACUGGAUUAGCUAUAUCAGUUUCAACUGCUCUUCACUGUUCGAAGUCCAGCGAUGUUCAUGAAUAUUUUGGGUAUAUUAUCUCCAGGAAUAAACAGGAGAUACCCUGUGGUUCAAACCGGAAUCACUCCUCUUACAUGAGACUUGAGGCGAAUUAGAAUGAGACAAUUGCAUAUAUAGCAGGAAUCAGACUCCAAUCACAGCUUGCCAACAUGGACUGAUGAUUGUGCCAUGUUUAUAAAUUCAGGUUGUCAAGAUGACCCCGUGUGGAACUGUAAAAGAUGGUCUUUGAAAGAAUGUAAAAAGAACCCAAUAUGGAUGGAAGUCUAUUGUCCUGUGACCUGUCAAGCUUGCGGUGAGUAAAACAGAUAUGACUUGUAUUAUAGUCUGUCAAAAUAUGAUGGUCUGGGAGCCAGGUAAACUUCAAAGCCACAAAAUAGAAGAUCUUUGUUUGAUGUUGAACUGUACCUCACCAUGCACAAAACCUUUGUCUCAACUUCAUUAAAUAUUAUUCAUCGUGGUUGCACGUUUCAUCUCAGCUAUCCCUAUUGGACGAUUACUUCAUUAUACGAAAAUACAAUGAGUUCAAAUUAACAUAAACUCAGACAAAAACCUUACACAAUGACUUCUGUUCAGUUUCCAGGCCAUGGGCAGUUGGGCACUGCCAUGAAAUGGGCAGUUGUCCAACGUGCAUGUUGAUAUACAAUCAGUUACAAAAGUUUUUGGACAAUCCUGCAAUAUAUAACUAGGUGUACACAACAUCAACAAGCUCUCCACCCCUCCCCCCCUGUCCCCGUUCAAUUAAACAAUUUUGGGGAAAUGUAAUAGGGAAAAUAGGUCAACUAGCUAGCUAAUUGCCUUAAUCCAAAAGUGAAUUCGAUAAGGCACUAGGGGCACACACAUACCCCUCCUCCCAGUAAUUCCAUCCAUCCAUGCAAUUUAUUUUAUUUUAUCUCUCCUAUAGGUUGUUAUGAUAAGAAUAUCUGGUGUCAUUAUUGGCAACGUUUGGGACAAUGUGAAAAAAAUCCUGGCUAUAUGAAACUUUACUGCCGUAAAGCUUGCAAACUUUGCACGUGA